UGACAGUUUGCUUCACACUAUAUCAGGUCCCAUGCUCGAUUUCUUCCUUGGUGUCUUUGCUAUUUGACGGUCCAUAUUACCCGGAGACAGAAACCUCGUAUUCCAGCAAACACAGCCAGGAUAUCUCAAAGGAGUAGUAAGAUUACGUUUUGUGUAUAAAAUGGGCCUAUAUCAUUCGACUUUUCUUUGAUGUGCCUCUAGGUCAACUCAAGUCAAAAACCCCCGAAGUCCAAGUUAUCUACAUGCUCUGCAAAAUACCAACCCUCGAACCAAGCAAAGAUGUUGUACCAAAAUAUUUUCAAGUCCUUAGUAUUCUUCGGUGCCCUCCAAGCAGCACAUGCGCUGCCCGCUGCAGUCGAUGAUGGUCCUUCUCCAUAUACUCCCACCCGUCAAGCGGAAGCAUCCUCAGUGAGCUCGACUACGGCAUCUGCGACGCCUGCUUGUGUCUCAACACCACCCGACUGGUGUGCCGCACACAAAGAUGCCACGUUGUGGUGUAUAACCGGCAAAUGGUGGUGUGAAUACCCGGAUCCUGUUUACGGGAGCCCCAGUUUCGGGCCUAUCGAGAAUGCUUGCUCGUGUUGAUAAUAAGGUACGCUGGUGAAAUUUAAGGAGUCGAAGGGGGUUGUGGACUUGCAAGCAACAGCAACGAGAAAUGUCGGGCAGAGAAAAUUGCGCUAUUUCAAUUCUUGUGUUUUGGUUUGAUAGAUUUUCUUUUUAUGGAGGAAAAUAUUGCGGUUUGGUUUGGGGUUCGAACGAGCUAGGCAGAGAGGCAGGAGGCGUGAAAUAACGUCUAUUUGACGACUUUAGUUACCUUAGGUCGCCAAUAUUGACACAUCGCCUCCGAGGCCUUAUGUUUAUAUGUUCUUUUCACCCACGAUAAUGCCGAAUACUAUCGCCAGAGAAGACCCCGGUGUUCAUGUGGCCACUCCACUAAAUAUUACG